UAAUAGCCAUUCACCUGCAGCUCCGUGUAUCGAAAUGUUGACGUUUUUGUUUCGUGUCUGUUAAAAUUUUAUCUAGUUCUGCAAUCAUUUCAUGACGAGCUGUUUCGACUGUGUCGAGCGCAGAUAGGUCUACCUCACCCCCAAAUUCUGACACCAGUCCAGAAAGUUUAAUCGAACAAGUGAAUUGAUGCACCCAAUCAACAUUUUACUACGAUACGAUACCAAUCAUAUCCACUUGUCUACUCUGACGUUUCACGAUACCAAUCAUCAUUGUAGGAUGCUCAAUCGCUCGAUAAAUUGAACCAGACGUCGUCAAUUGAUUCGUGAAAGUGGACAGGUUACCAGUCCAGGUGGUAAGAACCGAUGACAUGGUACAUCAAUCGAUGAUAAUUUUCAGUGAUUACGCAUCUGGUACAGGGAUGAGCGCAUUGGCCAUUGAAUGGUCUAAUGUAAUGGAUUCUCUCGGCUAAAGUCUCAAGUCCCAAAACUCCUUUAGCUCAAGCUUAAACUAGUGCCUGAAGUGCUGACACUUCGAGACACUUCGAUGCGAGGACAGCCAAUCUGAACCUUGAUGAAGUGGAUGAAGUGAAAAAUCAUUCGAUGCAUUCAGAAAGCACAUCAGAAAAAAGCAAUGUCUAAAACAGAACCAAACUCGGCAUCUCCAGUUCCUGCGACUGUUCCCACAAUGGUAACGAUUCAGCCACCACCACAGUGUCGUAUGCUACGAUCUCCAAGUCACGAGAGCGUUACGACGGAUUUAUCCUUGUUCAGCGUAUCAUCAAUAGCCAGUGAUGCCAAGGGAGCCAAUCGUCUUGUAGGCUUCAAGUCGUACAGUGAUGUGCAGCUGGUGGGUCGUGGACCAUCACCAAAUCCAGAUACUCGUGAAAAUCAGAGUAACAGACCAGCGGACAUACCAGAGAUCCUAUGGUUCGAAGAAGAAAACGAGCUCAUUCGCAGUUGCGGUGCGCUGUCAUCAGCUCUCGGUCUUCAAAAAAGUUUCAGUACCACUGAUGUCUUUCAACUAUCAUCACCCGAAGCCGCAUGUUCACAGGGGCUUCGGUCGGCCGUCUCGGCAUUAGCGUUAGACUCAGCACAUCGUAAUGGCUUAUUGCUGGAGCAAGCAAGACUAGAUCAUGCAUCAAGAUCGUGUAGUACCUGGGUGGCUGUCGGUGAUGUUGCCAGUACAUCACAAUUACCCAGUCCGCAUGGUGGUACUGCACAACAACACUUAUCUACCCCCCAUCCACAAUCUAUACCGUUCACCGCUGCGGACCUAGUUAGAUCGGUUAAUAAGAAGGUUCGACAGAAUUAUAUUCGACGCAGAUUACUGACAACUUACCGUGCACUGGAGCGCCUGUCACAGAGCGAAUUCAAUCUUGAUAGGCUUGAAGCUGCAGCAUCAGCAGCUCAGGCGACACCUGGUGCGACGCUGGUUGUACCAGGUACUGCGUCAGCACUACCAGGAUCAACAAUACCAUUGCGGAAACCACGCGAUCAUCCACUGACAGUCAACGAUGUGGAAAGAGAACGUGGAAAACAGUUGACGAAGUAUGAAAGAAACAUGAUGAUAUUCAAUUGGCUGCACAAUCUUGAUGAUACACAAUGCGAAGAGAAACGAGCAGAGUGAUUUCAACUAGUGAAAAGUAUCUCAUGACGCUUAAUACUCCGAGUGAAUGUUGAAAUGCGCUGUAAUCCCAUAAUGGACCCUGACAUCGUUCCCUCAGCCCGCGGUUUUUGCUGUGUACAAUUGUAUCACUCGAUGACAAUUGACGAUCAAUUUCCUGGAAAUGCGAGUAGAAAUGAUAUUCUCAAAUUAUUUCAUAUCGAAUAUGUCAAUUAGAGACGGCUCUCGAUCGCAUCGACAAUAACUUCACGAACGGAAUAUGAAUGAAACUAAUCGUGCGUGUUCUAGCGCAUAAUCGAUCUUCAUUGACAUAAUAUGAAGAAUAUUUCUGUUAGCGCCAAAAUUGUCAUGCUAAAGCACAUCAGCAAGUGAAUUCUCAUUGUGCGGAAAAAUAGGUGUGUUGCCUAUGAAACUGCUUCGCAGUCUUGUUGCAUUGAACUUCAACUGUGUAAAUUGCAUUUAACUUCAACUGUGAAGGGCCGCAGUUGUGUUGCUAGGUCGUUUGAUUUAAUCUUUCGCUAAGAUGAUGUUCUGCGGUAAUCAUCAACAGUGAACAACUGGAGUUAUUUUGAAGGAACUAUUUUGACGGAUAGUUCAAGUUUAGAUUCCGGUUUAGAGCGGACAAAGAGAGGCUCAAGGUUUGGGGUCACCACUUUGGGAGAGUACCCCUUUAUUUGAUGAGGAUGUGCCUCUCAGAAAUGAGGAAGACAUUCACCCACAAUUUUGCACCUCAGUUUUGCACGACUUCCGAAUAUUGAACGCAUGUCUUUUUUCAAUUGAUGUUGCAAGGAGGGUACUGAAGACUAAAUUACGUUUAUGAUCACGAAGGUAACUCAAAAUUCUUCAUAGCAUGCGUAUUAACUGCAUCAAACGAGAUUUUUGUCUUCACUAACUCUGACUUUAUAGCCUUUAGCACGAUACCUUUUGUACCCCUUAUUCCUUAUUCGUCUCAUCCCGUCUCACGGCAUCACCAGACCCAUCUCCAAUUUUUUAGAAUCUACCACCAAAUUUCAGAGGUAGCAAUUACUGAUGAUCAGUGUUAUUCUAGGCAGUGUCCAGUAUCACCUAUGAUUGACAGAUUUCUGGAAAUCAGUGACAUGUCCCUAGAAAUUAGUGAAAGGUUCCUGAAAUCUUUACCCUUUGUUGGCGACUUUUGCGAACAGCUAGGCCCAAAGUGUCGAAAUGAUUGUCUUCCUUUAUUUUUGAGAGAAAGGCUUUAGUGGUCCUACUCAUUGUAUUCUUCGAAUAAUGAGCGAUUCAAAGAAUCAAUGAUCCUAAAACCUGAACCUCUCUUUGCAAGUUAUGCUCAGAGGGCUUCCUACAUUCAUAGAUUUUUAUGAAAGGCGUUUCACGUAAACAGUUUGAUUUCCCGAUUCCACUGCGGUCCCUCCUUGUUGCUGAUUGAUUCUGAUCGCCUAAUGACUGGCCCAAAGAAAAUACUAUUUUAGAGGAAGACAUCCGUCCUGACUCGUCCAACUAAAUAAAGUAUCCAACACCUUCCGCGAUGUCUUUGGCCGUUGACCAUACUCUGAUAUUUGAAUUACAAUAACGGGAACUGACUAAUGACAUUCUAUUUAUUGUGGAUAAUUGUUAUGUUGGAAAGGAAACUAAUGCUGAUGUAAUUACUAAAGAAAUAGUUUGUAAUUUUUCGUAAUGAAUAUUGAGACGUGAAGAUUCAUCAUGCGUGUUCCUACCAGAGCCUUGAAUGUAUCACAUAAUUGACAUUAAAUAUGGG